AGAGUCACUUAAUUAACGGCUGCAGACGCCCAACAAUCAGUUCACCAGUAUCAUCGCGGGACAGAACAGAGGCAAGACCGUCUUAUUGGCGUCACAAUGUCUCCGUCAGGAGUUCGAAGGCAGUGGGAGGUGGUCCCAUCGGAUAUUGCGCAGAAAACUCACAACCCACUUCGUAAUGUUGUCGAGAACCUUCGGCUGGAGCCAAAUCCAGAGAAAUCGAUGAUUGCACUCUCUAUCGGUGAUCCGACCGUUUUUGGCAACUUGAAGCCUCCUGUGGAAGUGAUUGAAGCCAUGCAAGAAAGUCUCCUGUCCAUCAGGUACAACGGCUACGCGCCCAGCACAGGACAUCAAGAGGCCCGAGAGGCGGUGGCGCGGUAUUCCUCGUCUGCAGCAGUGACGGUACAUUCUCAGGAUGUGGUGCUGUGCAGUGGGUGUUCCUGCGCCCUGGACCUCGCCAUUACUGUGCUCGCGAACCCCGGGCAGAACAUCCUGGUUCCAAGGCCAGGCUUCCCACUCUACCGCACUCUCGCGGAAAGUCUCGGAAUUCACGUCAAAUCCUACAAUCUCAGGCCAGAGCGCGGCUGGGAGGUGGACACUAUGCAUCUGGAGCAGCAGAUAGACGCCAGCACCGCGGCGCUGGUGGUCAGCAAUCCGUCGAAUCCCUGUGGCUCCGUGUACAGCCGGCAGCACCUGCGAGACAUCCUGCAGGUGGCACGCGCCAAGUUCGUGCCAGUCAUUGCCGACGAGAUUUACGAGCACAUGGUAUUCCCAGGGCAGACGUUCCAUCCUUUGGCGUCGGUUUCAGAUGACGUCCCAAUUCUCGCCUGCAGCGGUAUUACAAAACGGUUCCUGGUUCCCGGAUGGAGAAUGGGCUGGAUCACUAUUCACGACAGACAUGGCAUCUUCGAAACGGCAGGGGUUCGAGCCGGGCUCCAGCGUCUGAGUCAGAGGAUACUGGGCAGCAACACACUGGUCCAGGGGGCCCUGGCCAGCAUCUUCACUAGGACUCCAGAGAAGUUCUUCCAGGACACAAUUAUGACGCUGCAGUGUCACGCCAAUAUUGCGUACGACAUGCUGAAGGGGGCUAAAGGAUUGACUCCACUCAUGCCGAAAGGAGCCAUGUACAUGAUGGUAGGUAUAAACAUGGCCGAGUUUCCAGAUUUCGCGUCGGAGCUGAACUUCGUCGAGCAGAUGGUCACGGAAGAGUCUGUGUUCUGCCUUCCCAGCAAGUGUUUCGACUACACAAAUUACAUGCGGCUGGUGCUGACGGUGCCAGAAGAACAGCUGCGAGAAGCUUGUCACAGGAUCACAGCCUUCUGCAAGAGGUACCACAGACCAGAGGAUGCUGAUUCACAUAAGGGCAACACUGAUGUGGUGGAGACAUGUACCAGCAACUGCAGCGCCGCCUUGAGGGAGUCUCGUGAUCUCAUCGUUCCCAAGGAUGCCAGCAUUAGUCCCUGAACAUAUCAGACUGCGUGUGUCCACAUGUCUUCACGUGAGCAUCUUAUGCCCAUUUUGUUGCUGAACCAGUGAGAAACCGGCCGCGUUCGUCUCGGGUCUGAACCCAGAACUGAGUACAGAGCGGGGCUGGCCCCCGUCCCAGAGUGCCUGGCAGGUGUAACAAUCUCACCACAGGCCUCACGCUUGCUUAUCUGUUCAGAACAAUCUGUUUCCGGUUCCGGUUCGUGCUCACAUUUUCUAUAUUUUGGGUUCUCACGGCAGUAGGCGUGCAGACUUCCGCCUUCCAGGACGUGACGCGGUGUAGUUUGGCAGAUAGAAACGGACGUUUCGGGGAAUUCUUAAUUCGCCUUCAGACCAUUCUACUCUGAAGAUUUAAUCACAAGGUUCCUCUGAAAUAACAGCUCCUACAUACCAAAUUACACGGCGUAAGAUCCAUGAAACCUAUAAUAUAAGUGUUUAUAUUCAGAUCUAUUCGUAUGCUGAAACUUCACCAUCUGUAAAUGCCAGACUUAUACAAGAAUCUGCAUGGACUACAAAAACCCAGAUCUGCUAGGAACUCACAGUCCAAGAGACGUCGAAGAUGAUUGUGAAUGGAUUGUUCUUAUUUCAGUGCUCAAUAUAUUUCGAAUUAAAAUUUUCAGUUCAACUGAAUGUGAAUGUUCUCAAUAACGAAAGAAUAAAUGUUUACAUUCUAUACGUGAGUUUGAGUGUGCAAUGAUUUACGUUGUAGGUGCGUUACCGAAGAAAAUCAAGGUCACGCAGAAGUGCUUAAAUCGAAGGCCUUUCUACCACACAGGCAGGUAAUGUUCCUGAAUUGAUUUCCGUUGUGACGUUUCGCCCUAUUUUGUUGCCUAAGAGUAAACAUUUGUAAUUUUAAGUAAUAAUAUUUUAUAUUGCAUUAACAGUUAAUUACGUUAUUAUUUAUUUUCUGUAACAUUGGAACUCAUCAGAAGUGAUCUUAAACGCAUUCAACCCAAGAGGUUUUGGCUUACUUAUCGAGGUUAUGUGAAAACAUUAAUAACAGAGGUGCGUCAACUGUGGACGGGUGUGAGCAGUGCUCAGGCUGGGUAUCGGCUGCCGCGUGCAGCUGUUCGUGCGAGAGAUCGCCGUGAAUACUGCACGUCCAGUGGCUGCUUUUAUGUUGAUGUUCAGCAUUAUCGAAGAAAAAAGGAAACCGAGACCAUAGUGCGUUGGUGGAUGAUGGAAUUGUAUCGUCAGCGAAUGCAAUAUGGAAAUAGACUUAAGCGAGAUAUAACAUUUGAAUUAGUGGAAGAUACACUUAAAAAUGUUACGCAAAUGUCAUUAUCAGAUUUCGGAAACAUAACCUCAUUGAUCGAACCAAGAGUGAAUAAAAUGGACACACAAUUUCGAGAAGCGACUAUUGUGAGGGAGAGGAUGGUUGUUACUUUGAGAUUCUUAGCCACUGGAGACUCCUAUACAAGCUUGCAAUAACUCUUCCGACUGUCCAAACAAAGUACAUCAAGAAUAGUGCCCGAGGUUUGAGAUGCUAUCAUUGAGGCCCUGAAGGAAUGUAUUAAGAGGUGACUCCUCAGACUAUGACGACAUUCUACGGGACAUAGAAGACAACACCGAUACCAAGGCAGGGCUCACAGACAACAUUCCAGUUACAUGUGUUGGAACAAGAUGCUUCCCUGUCUAUUUAGGGGGCACCAACUACAGUAGUGGCUGUUCAACUGUAGGAGCACCAAGGUCCUGCAGUAACCUCCAUUGUAUCUCGUGUGACUUUGCUGUUUACACCUUUGAUAAUUUUCAGUGGUUAUCAGACACAGACUAUUUGUUCUUGAGGACUAAUAUGCCAGAGUUUGAGCGAGUGAAGGAUCACGUGCUCCCAUCAGAAGGAUGCCGUGCUUAUGCCUGCCAGUGCUGUCAUUACUCUACCUCCAUUAUGAAACAAGUUAAGAGUGUGCCUGCACUGCUGUGGGUAUGCAGAGGUCACUCCAGCCAUUCUGCAGGAUCAUCAUAGCUAUUUGUAACAUCUGUCCAAGAUUGAAACAGUUCACUGUGAUUAUGCAGAAAGUUCUAAUUUCUCAGAAUGAUUCAAAUACUUUCACAAACCUGAAUGUGACACCAUGCAGUCUGGUAUACAUUUACCAACAUUUUGGAGCAACUUGGUGCAUCCAUCUUCUAUCUUGAUGUUGCAGGCUGCAGGUCACAUUCUACAAGACUGUGUGUUGUCACAUCCCAUGAAACAGCAAUCCUCAUGCUGAGUUCUGAGAUGAAUGAAAAUAAACAGCCUAAUUUUAAAUGGGCCAUUGUUAUCGAAAUGGAACUCAACACACAAAGUUAAUAGCUCUCGAGACACUAAUCUCCGCUUACCUCCCCCAUACCUCUGUUCUGGUGGUGAUGGUGGAGCACAUCUCAAGGCCAUAUCCCAUCUGGCAUAAAACUGUGCUUGAAGACUGCACGAUGACCAACAUGGUCAGAAACUUUGGAAAAGAAGGACUUCUUCUCUGAACUGAACUGCAGCUGAUCACCUUUAAAGAUUCUGUGGGAUGUCGUUGUAUAAAGAGACAACCACUUGUUGGUGCACAGUACACAGACACACUUACAAUAUAUCUGUUUAGACAAUGUACGUAAUGUUUCAAUGUAACUCAUAAGUACAUAUAUUUGAAAUAUUAACUACACUGUUCAUAGUAUAGACUCAUUGCAAUAUUUGAAUGCUGCCCUAAAAUCUUACUGACAUGUUCUUUUAAAAGUUCUUGGAAAUAGCAGCAUGUAAACAAAAACAGUAUGUUUGUUAUAGAUGUUGAUUCCUUUUUGUGUGUGUGUAUACUAUCAGUUAAAUGGAACAAUGAAACACAAUUAGACAAGUAA